UGGAAAUAAAUGAGGAGCGCCACCGGUUUUCUGCCACGGUUUCUUUUAACCACAUCGAUUAACAAUGAGCGGCAGAGGAAAAGGAGGAAAGGGACUCGGUAAAGGAGGCGCUAAGCGCCACCGUAAAGUCCUCCGGGACAACAUCCAGGGAAUUACUAAGCCCGCCAUCCGCCGUCUGGCUCGCCGCGGGGGAGUGAAGCGGAUCUCUGGUCUGAUCUACGAGGAGACCCGCGGUGUGCUCAAGGUUUUCCUGGAGAACGUCAUCCGUGACGCCGUCACCUACACCGAGCACGCCAAGAGGAAGACCGUGACCGCCAUGGACGUGGUCUACGCCCUGAAAAGACAGGGCCGCACCCUGUACGGCUUCGGAGGUUAAAUCACCAUCUUUAUUAAAAACGGCUCUUUUCAGAGCCACACA